UUGUGAUGGAAGAUGUCAAGAGACCGUGGCUCAGAGGACAGAUAUGCCGGGGCGAUGCAGAAGACAUGCUGACUCUCGAUGGCCUAACGGACGGUCUCUUUCUCAUUCGCCAGACCACGAGAAAUCCGGACGACUACGUUCUGACUCUUGUGUUUGAUCGCCGCAUUUAUCACUAUCUUAUACGCAAAGAAGAUGCGAAGUACCGCUGCGCACAAGGUCCGCCGUUCGACAAUCUCGACGACCUGGUGAGAUAUUUUCGUCAGCACGACGACGGUCUCUACACGUAUUUGUUACGACCUUGCACGGUGCAGUCGUACAGUCGCUCAGCAGUGGUUGUGAGCAUCGAUCAAGACGACGGUGAGACGACUGGAGUUGAUCAGCAUGAUAGUGAUAGUGAACAGGCACCAGCAGCCAAUCAAGGCGGCAUCUUUGAUAAGUUGAAAUGUUUCACUGAGGUGAGUGAUGACGGUCUGAGGCAGACGUUCAUCGUACAGAUGAUGGGAAGAAAGGAAGUGUCGGACGGUCUGCAGCACAUCAAACAAAACAUCACGUCGAUUAUAUCAAAGGCAGCUUCGAAGGGUAAAAGAAAGCCUGUGAUUCUGAUGGUUUCUGGCGAAGGGUUGAAGGUACUUGACUCAAAGAAAAAGACAAUUAUUGCACAGUGCUUGGGAGAGGAUGUAAUUUGUUGUAUGCAGAGCAAAUCUAAACCGAAGCACUUUGCUGCAAUUCUCUCCUCACCGGUAGCUGCGCAUGCUCUCAGUGAACUCAAGUUCACAAUUUGGACAUUCAAGAAUCAUCUGGGAAGUGUAGGCUCUAUAGAAGACAUUGCAUCUUUGGUCACUGGUUUGAUCGAACGGCACUCAACUCUAGCAAAAGAUGACAAAGACAUCGGAAUUCCACCUAUUACGCCGGUCGCCACUUCCAACCAAAUCGAUUUUGACAAUCUCGCUAGAUUUCGUCCUGCGUCACCACGUUUGCCACUGAAAUCGCCUCGUGAUUUACUACCAACCACUAUGGAACAUGUCGACCGACCGUUAGCACGCCUCAGAUUAUCGCCAGUUCCGCGACGGAGUCCCUUGAAGAAACAGGAAGCUGUCGACCGGUCACAAGCACCACCGUAUCCUGCAGCAAAACCAGACGUUCUUUACUAUAAAGAAGUAGCUCGACGGUCAUCCUUACCGAUGGAGUUCUUGUCGCCUACUGCAUGUUUGACUGACGACGACCGACUUACUGAGAUACCGCACGAUGACACAACUGGCGGCGUCAACAAUAGUCCCGGCACCGGCGACGUGCAGUAUGUCAACGUACCAGCUCGGUCAUCGCGUUCAAAGGGAAAGCUGCCACGCUCUAGGUCAGAAGACGUCGAAGCAAAGACGUUAGCGGUAACAAGAAGAGCCGUGGUGUCUUCUCCAAGUCACGAGGAACUAGACGCUAUCACUGCUUCGCUACCGUCCGGAUGGCAAGCAUACUGGAGUGACCGCGAGCAACAUGUAUACUACUACAACCACGUGAAGAAAUUGUCGUCUUGGAAGAAACCAAAACGUCUCUAUUCUGAUUCAUAGUACUCGAGCCUCAUC